AUGCGUCUAGAAAUCAACGCCGGCCCCAUUAUGAUUAGGAGCAACGCUGAUCUACCGUAUAUGAAUGAAGUCCUCAUCGCGCAUCAUCGGGCAACAGAUAUUGCAUACCGUAAGGGGCCUGCUCACACCGUACAGCUGGUCGUCCCCACUGCCUCUCCCCCAAGGCCGCAAAGUGCUGUUGUACGGACCCUUCGAUCGACUAGACCUCGGUCAAAUGCAUACUCGAACUUACGUGCAGCAUACGGACGGGUCGAGAGCACAGACACUGAGGCGUAUUCGGAAGCCACAAAAGCCGAACACAGCAAAAUGUCUAGCUAUGUUAAGCACGGAGAGGAGUGGUACAUCCAACGCCAGUCUCGAGUGAGUUACGAUGACGACCGCCCCAGAGACGGGGGCCUUCGCGCCACUGAUUUCGACGACAUGAACAGCGAAGAUACGCUCCGUGGAAAUUACGACAGCGAAGAUAUUGCUUCAACAGUAGUAAGGGCCCACAGGACACUCUGCGCCGCUGACUUCGAAGACAGUGAGGACGAGGAUUCUCUCUGUGAUGAUGACGACAUCAGGGGUCUCAACUUGGAGGCAGAUACCCGAAGGUUCAACUGCAACAAGGUUUUAAGAAUCCCUAGAGAGUGUCCGUUGAAGACGAUACAGCUUCGCAUACAAGAAAGUGUGCUGAGAGAUAUCAUCCAACAAGCUCUCAAGGCAAGCAGAAACGGUAAAUUCGACUCUACCAUUUUCAGCAAGGAGGAUCCAGAAGAGAUAGACUGGGUGCUCGAAAUGAUUCUUGAAUUGAUGGAACUGGUACAAACCAUGAUUGAUGCCGGGACGUUCCAAGGAGAGGAAGGCCGCGAAAUUCAGAUGAUACUGCAAAACAACUUUUUCACGCUAAUGAGAAAGGCGACACGCCCUUUCCGUCCAUCAGGCAUCAGUGUUGUGGAGGCCGAGCUGACCCAGUGCCUGGAAGCCUUUCGUCAAAUGCGAUUGAGAUUGCUGCAGGAAAAUCCGGGCAUGUCUAUGGCAGAGAUACUCAGGGAGAAGAGCCUUGACAUCAGGCCUCGAUAG